AUGACGGGAGAACGAAACAAAGCUGGCUCGUCGACAAUAGUACUGGACCCUGUCGAACUCCAGCCCAUCAAGAACAAACAGGCUGUGCCCAGCGUAUCAAGCAAAAGAGCACCGUCCAUCAGCGGACGCAGCCUCGCAUCUCAGACCUCUCAAUCGGCCAGAAGUACUGAAGAUGUCGACCCCAGUACAACGCUUCCUGCACCCACUACUGCCACGGACUUUGUCGAAACAUGGAAUCACCCCAAGAUCAACAUGUACCGCGUGUUCGCCACCUUCUGGUCUUUCGUCGUCAUGGGCUUAAACGACGCCUCGUAUGGUCCGCUCAUCCCGUACUUGGAAGAGUACUACAAUCUCAGCUACACCAUUGUGUCCCUCGUCUUUCUCUCUCCUUUUGUGGGCUACAAUCUCGCCGCACUGCUGAAUACGACAAUCCACCUAAAGCUCGGCCAGCGCGGGAUUGCAUUUCUUGGCCCGGCGCUCCAUUUGGUGGCAUACAUUAUCAAUUGUACGCAUCCGCCGUAUCCAGUCUUGGUCAUUUCCUUCAUGCUGGCUGGUCUGGGGAAUGGUUUCGAGGACUCCGCAUGGAAUGCAUGGAUCGGUGCAAUGCCGAAUGCGAAUGAAUUGCUUGGGUUCUUGCAUGGCUUCUACGGCUUGGGUGGCGUAUUCGCCCCGUUGAUUGCCACGACCAUGAUCACAAAGGCGAACUUGCCGUGGUACACGUGGUAUUAUGUUAUGAUCGGCUUUGCCGUCAUCGAACUCGUCACCUCCACGCUCGCAUUCUGGGGCGCCACUGCCGCCGUAUUUCGUGAGAAUAAUGCCGGGGGCUUGGGCGGCUUCUCCCGAUUGAAAGAAGCAACGCUGAAAAAGCCUGCGGCAAGGAUAACUUGGCUUGCCGCUUUGUUCCUCAUCGGCUACGUGGGCAUCGAAGUGGGCCUGGGCGGAUGGAUUGUGACGUUCAUGAUUCGGGUCCGACAAGGCGGUCGAUUUGCCAGUGGUAUGACUGCCACAGGCUUCUGGCUUGGACUCACGCUGGGUCGGGUAAUCCUUGGAUUUGUGACCGGAAGGAUUGGGGAGAAGCUCGCCAUUGCAAUCUACCUGCCCAUCUGCAUGGGCCUCGAAAUUCUCUUCUGGCUCGUGCCCCAAUUCUACGUCGGCGCUGUCUCGGUCGGCUUGCUCGGCUUCUUCCUUGGACCCAUGUUUCCCGCCGCCAUGGUCGCCUGCACCAAAUUACUCCCACGACAUCUACACGUUUCUGCCAUUGGCUUUGCCGCGGCGUUUGGAGGCAGCGGCGGCGCCAUCUUCCCUUAUGCUAUUGGAGCAAUUGCGCAGGCAAAGGGCGUGGCAGUGUUGCAGCCGAUCAUCCUGGCGCUGCUUGUCUUUAUUCUCAUCAUGUGGCUGUUGUUGCCAAGGAUGAAUAAGAAGAAAGAGUGA